AUGAAAUAUUUACGGCAGCACUAUCAGAAGGUACAUUUGGCCAAGAAUUUCGUGUGUGACGAUUGUGGCAAGGCAUUUUCUUUGGACAGCCAGUUGAGGAAACAUAAGCGGGAUGUGUGCGGUAAGGCUUUCGCUUGUCGUGAAUGUGGUUGGCCAUAUGAAUCGUUGGAAGCGCUAUUGACCCAUGGCAAACGCAAGGGCCAUAAUGUCAAGGAGGUUAUCACCAUAACUAAGCGGGAAGGGAGGUUGCCGGUAAAUCCGAAGUCGGGAGGUGGUGGGAAAUUUAGACAACAAAGCACUAAGGCGACGGCGGCGGCGGAUUCGCCGAUGGAAAUGAUGCCGAUGGUGGAUAAUAAGGAUAAAAUGAUGUCGAAGCAGACAGAAGAGGAAAUUAAUGGAAAUUACCAACUACCAGCAACACCAUCAUCAUCGACAUCAUCCACCUCCACUGUCGAAGUCAACCUCUGCCCCACACAAAUGUCCGCCGGUGUACAAACCGAAUGUUUCCCCGAAUUGAUGCAUUCACCCAAUACUACUACUAGUCAAGAUAUUUCCAAUGCCCUGGAUGAAAUACAUUCCCUAUUGCGCGACAUUGAAACCCAAACGGAACCGCCGCUACUCACAGACAAUCAAAGCAAUGAAAAUCAAAAUUAUUUAGAUCAAAUGUUGGCCGCCGCACAAUCCGCACACAUGUACACGCAAACAUGUGAUGAUUUUCUUAGUGAAUUGGGUCUGGCAGAUAUUCAAACUCAAACGAAUUGGCCAUCGCCGCAACGUAAUGUGGAAGAAAAACUGCAAUAUACCUCAACGGCCACCUCCACAAAUCCUUGUAUACACGACGAACUAUUGGUGUCCACCGAGACUCAGACUAGUUUUACACAAUGUCUUUUGAAUUCGUGUACCGAUACUGGGACAAGUACACCCCCCGUUAGUUUUGGUAGUCUUUAUCACACCUCGUCACAGCAUACCCAAACCUCUGAUCCAUAUUUGGAAAGUUUUGAUUUUGGUGGUCAGGCUUCGGAUUUAAUGGAUGGUUUCCAAUCGACCUAUACACAGACAUGA